ACAGAAAUUUCAUGCAUGGAAGUGAAAAGGUGAAGAAUUCAAAGUGGAAGCAGAAUUAAUCUCUUUUGUGGAAUUCAAGUAAUUUUGUUCUAAUCACCAAUAUAUGUCGACUUGUCAUAAACGUAUGAUAUUUCUUUAAUUUUUUCUCGUUUCGUCGCCGAAAUUGUACUCUGAAAUGUGUUUUAUUAUAUUCUCAAAAAAGGACGUAUCUUGAAUGAAUUACAACGAUUUGAGAGUCAUUCGCGUUCUUGAAUCAGGAUCGUAUUGUCGUAUUAUGAACGAAGAGUUUGGUUUGUAAAAUGGGAUAUUCACUGGUAUCUUUGAUAAAUUUCGUAUAUAAUAUGACAUUUUAAUUCAGAAGUACGCGUCCAAAGACAUCGCUUUUUUGUAGAAUACAGAAUUGUAGCAUUAUUUUAAAUCCGUAUUUGGUAUCUUGCUUUGAAUUGGCAGACGAAUACAAGUUGAGUUUAAAACUAGAACUACCGAGUUUUCGUAUACCUUGAAGACAUUCAUAAUGGCCGAACAUUCGGCAAGUCGUGUGAAUAGGCCAGUAGUUUUUAAUCAUAAUCUCAUGCUACGAGAAAUUCGCGAUAACUUGAAGCAUCUUCGAAGGGAACCUGAGAAUAUCAAUGAAGUACAACCGCAUCAUGUCGGUAAUCAGGCAGUUUAUCGCUCAAACAACCUAAACCCAUCUCCACAGAACCAACGUAUGAAUGGACGAUACUCGGCUCAAAGAAAUAAUCUGGUUGAUCAAAACAGGGGACGACACGAACAUGCGAACUUACAACCUAACUACGACGAAUCUGGCUAUUCAAGCUCAAGUUCUGAGUGCUCUAUGCAAGGCGCAAAUGAUUUGAAUGGCCUGCAUUAUGUGCCGGAGAACGUAGAGGGCCAGAAUAUACUUUCGCCAUCGAAUUUCGAUUUCGCGAGGGCAAUGGCGAACAAUAACGGUUUUCAGCGAAUCAACCCCAACGCAAGUCGGAAUCGACCAAGGCCAAACCUGAUAGCACCUAUUCCGUAUACGGGAAAAUCCCCUCCACCCUACAGCCUUGCUUCCCAAAAAGUUAACCGAGCUUAUCCAGAAAACCAAUCUGUAGCCACACACCGAACUAGUAAGACAGAGACCUCAAAGUACAUGCAAACAACGGCGUUACCAAGUGGCAACAAAAUGAUUUCGCAAGCCGAAUGGAAAGUGACAUCAAUGUCAAACAUGCCGGGUAAGGGUAGUUCCCCGCAACGUCAACCGAUGUCUGUUGUACCUGAAGGCGCAGCGAUGUGGACGUCCACUCCUUUCUCUUUAACUCAGAAAGUCAACCCCAUCAGUCAUGGUCAUCAAAGUUUUCAUCAUGGUGGUUACCCCAAUCAGACAACCUCCCCACAGUUCCAGGUUCAGGUCAGUCUUAAUCCUGUAAAUGGGACGCAUGUGCCUCGCACAACUUUCCCGCAAAUGGUGUCAAAUACUCCUGGACAGGCAACAACGUUCCAAGUUUCGGUGCAAACGAGUCCUGCAACCGUUGCUACCGAACCAGACCCUGGCAGCAUGUACUCUGGCAUACAGCAAAGCUAUGGUAAAACUGAUAUGCAAAUGAGCUCACUUGAUUCAAAUUAUAAUAUGUUACAUCAACAAAGUAGAUAUAUUCCACGCGAGGAAUAUGAGCCACCGCCCUACUACCGAAAGAAAUUUACUCAGCCCCCAGAAAGCUACCCUUCGACAUCACAGGUUUGCCACGAUCAAAGUAAUAAGUCGAACGCAUUAAACCAGUGGACUUGUUUAAAUGCUCCUCAGUCCGAUAACGUUUCAAUGAGCUCCGACGACAGCCGAGCGUCGACGAUCGAGGAUGCUGACUUUUCUGGUUUUGAUUUGGCGUGUUUGACUUCGUUUGAUGGUAUGGACGACGAUAGCCCUUCUGUCUGCACUAACGACACUGGCACACUCGUCGUGCAUGUACGAAAGCGACCGGAAAACGAUGUUUCCAUGUCGAAUGGCUCCGUGAACGGCGAGGAACGAAGUCAGCGGCCCCACGUAUCACCUCAAACCUACAAAUUCUACAUGGAACAGCGUAUCGAGAAUGUCCUUAAGGAUCGGAAGGAGAGGGAACAACGACGCGAGCAGCUCGAACUUGAAAUGCAACGGGUGCAGCUAUCUGAAGAUGCGCAGUCGGAAAUGAGGAAGAUUCUUAGCCAAAAAGAAUCCAAUUACAUCCGGUUAAAGCGCAGCAAAAUGGACCCAUCUAUGUUUCAUAAGAUCAAGAAGAUCGGCGUUGGAGCGUUUGGUGAGGUAGUUCUGACAAAGCAUAAUCAAACGCUUUACGCGAUGAAGAUUCUAAAGAAAGCGGAAGUGUUGAAGAGGAACCAAGUGGCACACGUGAAAGCGGAACGUGAUAUCUUGGCGGAAGCGGACAAUGAGUGGGUUGUUAAACUUUUUUAUUCUUUUCAAGAUAAGGAAAAUCUUUAUUUUGUGAUGGAAUACGUACCGGGAGGCGAUCUUAUGAGUUUGCUUAUCAAAAAAUCCAUCUUUCCAGAGGAUAUGGCACGCUUUUAUAUUGCGGAACUUGUGCUUGCUAUCGAGUCCGUGCACCGUAUGGGUUUCAUUCACCGGGAUAUAAAACCAGAUAACGUACUUAUUGACAGUGACGGCCACAUCAAGUUGACGGAUUUCGGUCUUUGUACUGGCUUUCGAUGGACCCACGAUUCAAAAUACUACCAAUGUGUUACUCUACCUCAUGGUCAUAACAGAGAGCCAAGCUUUGAUAUUGAUAAUAAUUGGGCUAAAGAGCACAAGUGCCGAUGUGGACAUGUACUGGACGGGCAAACGCCUCUUUCCCGUCGCCACGCACGUCAGCAUUUGCGUUGUCAGGCCCACUCACUUGUUGGCACACCUAACUACAUUGCACCAGAAGUUUUGAUGAGAAUACCAUACACCCAUCUCUGUGAUUGGUGGUCGGUAGGCGUUAUUCUUUACGAGAUGUUAGUCGGGCGACCUCCGUUUUAUGCUUCCAAUGCAGCUGACACACAAAUGAGGGUCAUCAACUGGGAAAACACAUUACACAUUCCAUUAAAACUAUCUUCCGAAGCCGAGAACCUUAUCUUACGCCUUUGCACUAGCGCCAAUAAGCGAAUUGGUGCAGGUGGCACUGAUGACAUUAAGAACCAUCCUUUUUUCCACGGCAUUGAUUGGGUAAUGAUUCGUCGAACGAAGGCCUGUUAUGUCCCGAAUAUAAAACAUCCCGAGGACACGUCGAAUUUCGAUCCGGUCGAGCCGGAACGACAACCAGGUAGCGAUUGUGAAAGCAUGACGGAUGUUUCCGACAGUGGGAGUUGCAGAUCCCAUCCACCGCACGCCUUUUACGAGUUUACAUACAGGCGAUUUUUCACGCAGGACCAAGCUCGCUCCUCGGUGUCAAACUACAGCUCCUGGGACGGGACCGAAAGCGAGGACGGAAAAGCACCCGUGAACAUCAUUGGAUUUCGGUAAAUGGUGAUAAGAAGGCAGAAACGUGGAAAAACAUUCGACGAUAUACUUUAUUCUUGCUUAGUCAAAUUCUACUCUCGCGAAUGCUGUAGGUAUGGUUUUUAUAGGAAGUCUGGUACCGAAUCAAUGCACCUGCGAACAUUGUCGGCUGUUCCUUUUUUUAAUAAUAACCAUUUUAAAAAGGUGGAGUUCGUGGAUUCAGUACUGUGCAGUUAGUGUAUGAGUGUAUGAUGAUAUUUGUCUACGUUAUUGCUCCUGGCUAGUUAUCUUCGAUAUUACUUGGAUGGUUAGCCAUUGUUAAACAGAAACAGAAAAUCAUGUGAACAAAUCACGUGACUGGCAAUUGAACUAUAGAACAUUAUAUUACUUAUGUGAAUGAUGCUUGUGGAUCACAUAGAUUUAUGAUGGACCGGUGAAGGUGUUUUCUGUACAUCGUGGAUUUUUUGUCGAUGCAUGGAUAUCGAUUGUUAAAGGUGCAAGUUAUUUGUAAACUCUGAUUAGAAGGUGUUCUUGUGUGCUUUUACUUAUGGAUAGUACGGGUUAUCGAUGAACAUCUUUGUUUGGAUGCAUGGAGCUCUGUUUAUGCGCAGAUCUAUGCAUACACUUCUCUAUUUACAUAUAAAAGAUAUUAAGAUUUUAUGGAAUAUAAAUAAACUUGAUUCGUGAGGCAAACAUAGUACUUAUAUACAGAAGGCAUGUUGGAUGGUACAAUAGUCUACAUGAAGUACUCCCCCCACCCCAUAAAAAUCCGUGAAUAUACAAUUUUCAUUCUUUAGGUGUAAUCAAGAACUAAAGUAUUUGUGGGAUAUUGAUUUUUCAUGGACCACACUAUAAUAGUGUAUAAGUUUUUUUAUUAUGUAGAGCAAUUGUAUGAUUUAUUAAUUUGUAAGUAAAUGUCAUAACUACGAA